AGCAGCUGCCUCUCGCGAUACUAGCCCCGCGGUGCCGCAGUCCCGCGGACCGAAACCUGACAAGCGGCGUCACAGUCGGCUCCGGCGGAUCUUGCGGCACCAUGGCAACGGCUCGCGGUCCCGGUCGGCUAGGCGCCGCCGUGUGCGCGCUGCUCUCGCUCUCAUUGAGGCUGCAGCCGGCCCGCGGGCAGAGCGAGCCAAAGAUCUAUUCAUCUGAAGAAGUUGUUAUAAAGCCUCCAAGCCCAGAUAUCCUCCUAUUUUGUAACCUGACUUUGGCAUCAGCUCCAUGCAACGGCAGUUACUGGAUGAAAGAUGGAGAAGAAAUUAUUGGGACCAGGAAUUUUGGUACAAACAGCACAGAAUACAAGAUUACUAAACCGAGAACAGAACAUUCUGGAGAAUAUCAAUGUGUCUUUACAUUUGAAAGUUCCACUGCAGUGAAUGCUACUAUUGAUGUCAAAGCAUCUCCAGAAAUCACCGGUCAUAAGAAGAGCGAGAAUAAAAAUGAGGGACAGGAUGCUCUUUUGUACUGCAAGUCUGUAGGAUAUCCGCACCCUAUUUGGACCUGGCAUAAGAAGGUGAAAGAUGAAUAUGUGGAUCUGAAUAAUGACACUGGACGUUACUUAAUCAAUAAUAAAGACAAUUACACAGAAUUAAUAAUUAAGACUCUGCAUAUUGAGGCUGACCCAGGCAUAUACACGUGCAAUGCCACAAAUUACUAUGGUUACAACCUUGCCAACACUAUCCUGCGUGUGCGUAGCAACCUGGCACCUCUCUGGCCCUUCUUAGGAGUUGUGGCAGAAAUAGUCAUUCUGGUCAUCAUCAUUGUUGUGUACGAGAAACGAAAGAGACCAGAUGAAGUCCCUGACGAUGAUGAGCCAGUUUCUGGACCAAUGAAAACUAAUUCCACAAAUAAUCAUAAGGAUAAGAACUUGCGCCAGAGGAACACCAACUAAAGCUUGAUUAUCAAGAUUUCAGAAGAAUGUCAUUAUCAGAUAGUGGGUUUCAGCUGAGAACACUCACACUCAAGUUGUGUUGUCCGAAUGGGGCAGGUUUUAACUUGUUUGUCUAAGCAGGAAUAAGAUGACUGUGUGAAGCAUGUUUUGCCUUAUUCAAUUUCUCCUAAAGAAUGAAGUAUUAAGAAGAUUGCUUUGCAAGUUUAAUUGAUAGGGUGUACCUUGGGUGCUUAAUGUGCUGUUUAUGCUUGAUUUUCUCACCUUAACCCACCCUUAACUUGCUCUGUAAUUCUAAUCCUCCGGACAAAUCAUGCAUGCAGUGCUUAUUCCUGAUAUGCUCAUUUGUACAUUGCUGUUUAAGCAACACUCCUCAUUGCAAUCACUUUCAUUCUUUCCUUGAACAGCUAAGAAAUUAAUGUCACUCAAAUAGUGUUUGUUUUAAAUUUGUAUAUAUUGCAGAUUUUAGUGCUGGCUAACUUGAAACAUAUAAUAUAUAAAUAUAUAUAUAUAUAUCUCUCCCGUUCCACCAAUCAGGUAGAAAUUAAUGUUGAAAUAUCUAGUUCUUCCACUGCGAUCCAUUUCAAAAACCUGUUCUUGAUGUCAACUUUUUGAAUAAUUAUCGCAUGGUUGUACCCUAGGGUUUGAAGGAUUAUCAUGAUUAGUUUUAAAUUUUAAAAUAUCAGUCAAAAAUCUGCCCUAUCUUUGGAUACGUAGAUCAAGCUUUAAUGAUUUUUUUCUUUUUAAAAUCAAAAUGUGUAAAUGCAUGAGUUUGCAGAUUUUAUUGUUUGGUUAUAAUUUAAUCUAGAUCAUUGUACAUGCGAACCCACUGUGAUUUUUAAAAAUAAAAAAACAACAAAUUACAUAUUACAA